AUGGAGGUUUCAUCUUUCUGGAUCAACUUGUUUCUGCUGCUGAUUUCACAACCUGAGCAGAGCUGGUCUGUUCACAGAACCGGUUUUCCUCAUGUUUUUCCAGAGAGGCUUCAGUUCUUUGAGUAUGAGACAGUAACUGUACAAUGUGAGCAUUUAGACGGAGUUAAUGACUGGAGAGUAAAGAGGAAAUUCAAUGAAAAAAGAGCAACAAACUCUUCAGACCCCUGCAGCUCAGCAGAACCUUCCUGCACUCUGGAUCCGGCUUUAGAAAUCCACAGCGGAGUAUACUGGUGUGAAAAUGAUGAAGGAGAAAAGAGCAAUUCUGUCAACAUUUCUAUUAGAGUUGGUUUGGUGAUUUUGGGAACGCCGAUCCAGACGGUAGCAGAAGGAUCAGACGUGACGCUUCGAUGUAUUCACCAGCAAACUGAGCUGAGUCACAUCAGAGAUUUCUAUAAAGAUGGCCUCCAUCUCAUGACCUGCUACAGCAGCAACAUGACCAUCAGAAACGUCUCCAAGGCCGAUGAAGGGAACUACAGGUGCAGCAUCUCUGGAGCCGGAGAAUCUCCUGAGAGCUGGUUGGCUGUUCACCAGACACUCACAGCACCGAGUGAAGCGAGUCCUCCCAUAACAGGCCCGUCUGUAAAAAGUCCUCUGGUUCGGUCCAAACUCUGUAAAACCUUCAUUCUUCAGUCCACAGCAAAGUUUCUACUGGUGGCCUUGUUGUCUGCAGUGAUCGCUCUGAUUCACUACAAGAGAAAACGACGAACCAGAUUAAAAUAUUUUGUGUCUGGAAAACAAACAGGAGAUUCUAAAGGAACCGAAACAGAGGCAGAGAGCAGCAGGCAGUCAGAGGAGGAAACGGAGAUCUGAUCCAUGAAGACGAGUCGGUUCUGUGAAACUGAAAUUCAUUCAACUCAGUUUAAUUUACUACCAGUAAAAUAAACUGUGACUUUAAUUAAUGCCCGUUAAUUAACUGGGAUUACAGUUUAAUUUACUGUGAGUAAAUUAAACUGUGUUCACAGAUACAACUUGUGGUCAAAAACAUUAAAUCCAAGGGAAAAUAAAGUAAAAAACUGGAAUAUUAUUACAAUCUGCUACAUCAAUUCACUGUGGGAAAUAUUUGACUAUUAAUGUUUUUUAUAUUUGCUGAUGUUUUUCCUGUACUAAAAGAGAAACUUAUUUAGCUCAGUAAAUCAUUUGUUCUGGAUUCAUUUUAACCAAAUUUUUCCCUGUUCAGCUGAUAUUUACAUGUUAAAUGCUCCUGGAUGUGGAUCUUUUCUGUUUCUUUAACAGAUUUUUACAGAUUUUAUUGUUUGAAAACUGAAUGACUUGAAAUGAAACAAAGAUAAAAAAAAUUCUGACCUGUUUUUAAAAGAUUGAACUGUCACUUUCACUUUUUAACUGAUGUAGUUUAUGACAAAGACACGUUUCAGUUUAUUCAUCAUUUAAUUUAAUUUU